AUGUCGGAGAACAGGAACAGCUUUAAUAAUAAAGCCAACUCUGCUAUAAUGACGAGGCAGCCAUCUCGAAUACUUGUGGUGGAUGUUACACCUCCUUUCUGGGCAGACGUUUGCUCCAAUCUCUGUGAAUCCUUAGAAAACUUCUUUGCUUUAGCCUGCAGCUUGGGUGGGUCAUGCCGCCUGCCUCUCUUCAGUCUUUACGUGGUUCACAAUCAACAGGAAUGUCUUCUCCCUUUUGUGCAAGUGAAAGGAAAUUUUCUCAAGCUGCACUCAUGCAUAUCAGAACUGAGAUCAAUGCCAAAAGAAGGAUGUUUGCGUGAAAAGCCAGGCUCGUUAAAGCACGCUGUGGAGGAUGGCCUCUUACAGUUUAAGCAGUACAUGAGGCACGUGACUAUAGGUGGAUCACUGAAUAGCUGCACAGUGGAGAUUACAGUACUUACCAGCCAGCCUGGAAAACAAGUGGUGAAGCAGCUUGAAUCAGGUCUCAGCGAGACUGAUUUAGUCAGUGUUAGGCGCUUACAGGUACUGCAUGUAUCCAGAUGCAAUACAAUGGAAUUGAUGGACAUGCCUUGCAGCACACAGUCUGUCCCAUCUGAUCAAGAAAGCAACUCUGAUGAUUGCUCCAUCCUGGGGACAGAUAUCGACCUGCAGACAAUUGGAAAUGACACAGUCAGUCUGGAUAGUUUCUUCAAGAGUUGGUUGCACAACCAUGAAACAGAUAAGGAACAUCUCCAUUUGUUGCUUCCAGAUACACGUCUUCCCAGAUCUGCAGAAAGAAGUAAUCAAAGAACUUGCCUGAAAUGUGAUGUUCAGGAGCGAAUCAUCAGUCCUGCCCUCCUUCCUGGAUCUAUUGACUUCACUGAGAGAACCGAGAGUCUCAAAGACAUCCAAAAGAUUAACAAAGCAGCAAAUUCAGGAGCCCUCCAGUACAAACUCCAAGUUAUAAAAGCUCUGAAGUCAGAUGGUGUCUGUGAAUCCGUAUUAUAUGGGCUUCCACUUAUCAUCAGACCCACAAACUGCUGGAAGCUAGACUGGGAUGAAUUGGAAUCAAACCACCAAAACUUUCAUGCUCUCUGUCACACCUUGAAGAAAAGAGACUGGAUACUUCUCGCUCGUUCUGAACCUCAGGUUAUGGGAACUACAUGGUCUGUUCACGUUGACUGCUAUUACGUCAUACUGCCGUCGACCACUCUGACCCUCUUGGUGAGGCCAGUGGCGGUACAGGAGCUCCUUUUACCCUGUGAUCUUCCUUUCAGAUUUGACGAGCCACCCGAAGCAGCCCUAAGUAAAAUAGAGGAGAUAUUGGAUGGACUUGAUGUAGAAUCGACAUAUAACCCAUUGAGACUGAAAAGUAAUCUGUAUAAGCAUCUCAGAGGAACUUUAGUUAAAACUCCCUAUCGUCAGCAACCAAAGCAAGUGCAACGAAGAGAACAACAUCAUCCUGAACAGCUGCACAGACAGCAACAGCACAGGCCAAACCAGACUAAAAUGAAAGCUACAGUGGCUCCCCUCCCGUUAGUCCGUCAGCCCACCAAUCAGUCUAGGAACCUCAGGCCUACAUUAUCUGUAAGCACCUGUUCUUAUAGAACCGCCACCUUUUCAGAUGAAGAUGAGUUUUUGUCAGGCUUAUGA